GUUGGACGUUCAUCACUGGUUUCCCAACAUUUCCCGAGCGCACUUGAACGCAGCACAUGACCGAGCACAGAGGGAGAGAGAGAGGGAUUGGGAGCGAGAGAGGGAAGGAGUGAGGGAAGCUAAACAGGUGGUCUGAAAAAACAUAGAAAACAAUGUCGUCCGGCGGGGAGAAGCGGAAAGACCUUUAGUCCUCGCUUCUCUGAAGGAAUACAGCUGAACCGACACAAAACAAACCCAUGCUCCUUUUUUUAUCUCCACUCGGAUUCCUCCUUCUCCUCCUCGUCCUCCUCUUCUCGGUUUUACUCCCAAGAUCUCGGAUACUAAAGCCAUGAAAGUCACGGUGUGUUUUGGCAGGACCCGGGUGGUGGUGCCGUGUGGAGAUGGGAAUAUUAAAGUGCACACACUCAUCCAGCAGGCUGUCAUGAGAUACAAGAAGGCCAUCGCUAAGGAUGUGAGUUACUGGCUGCAGGUGCACAGAUUGGAGCACAGUGACGGCGGCAUCCUCGACCUCGACGAUGUUCUCUGUGACGUGGUGGACGACAAAGACAGGCUGAUAGCGGUGUAUGAAGAACAGGAGCCCCACCAUGGAGGAGACGGGACCAGUGCCAGCUCCACGGGACCCAGAGCCCCGACCUGUUCGCUGUGGACCUCAGCGGGGCCUCGGCCUUCCAGCCCUACCAGGCCAGCAGCGAGAUCGAGGUCACGCCCUCCGCCCUGCGCACCAAUAUGCCUCUCCACGUGCGGCGCAGCAGCGACCCCGCCCUGCUCACCGUCAACGGGCCCUUCAACGGCGGAGAAUCACGAGUCCAAACCGAAGAGCCGCCAUCGAGGAAGAACCCGACGCGAUGGUCCACCACCGCCGGGUUCCUGAAGGCUCGACACAACUCCGGCACCAACAGCCUGGAGAGAAAAGAAAAAGCUAUGGACACGUACCGCAGUCUGCCUCGGGAUGCUGGGACGUGGGCCAAUCAGAGAGAGUUUCAGAGAGAGACCGCCCGCUCAUCGCUCAGCGCCAAUCACCCCAUGGUGGACCGCUGGCUGGAGAAACAGGAGCAGG